AUGUCAACACCACUGCAAUGCGGAGGCACAAUAUGGAACAUGGAGAAUCGAGGCCUCAAACGCCCACAUCCGAAGCCCUCAUCCGACGGAAAUGUCAGCGACUCCUCGAACGAACAAUGUCCUUACCCGAGGGCGAUAUUCUUCGCCGCCGACACACCUGCUGUGGCUCCCUUUAAUAUCCAGAUCUUUGCCUUCUUACCCGGGGAGCCUUCUCUCGUUUCCUUCCACUCCUUCCACGACGAAACUGUUCACCUCAGACAACCCUCCUCACAUCCGACUUUCCCUUUCUCUAUCCUUGCCACUGUCGGGCUUCCACAAACAUCUCUGACCAUGGCGAACGCUCGAGGCCUGAAGCAGAUUCUCUCCAAGAACCCGUCCGACGUUGUCAUCCUCUCAUCGCUGCGCACGCCGGUAACGAGAGCAUACAAGGGCGGCUUCCGAGACGCAUUCGACCAUGAACUCCUCAGCCACGUUCUGAAGGCGACCCUCGCUGCGAACCCGAACCUAGACCCUGCCAGGAUUGAGGAGGUUGCAGUUGGUGUGGUCCUUGCUGAGUUGGGCGGCUCCAAGGCCGCCAGAAUGGCACAGCAGCACGCUGGGUACUCUGAAAAGACUCCGUUGUACACGGUCAAUCGCGCUUGCAGUUCCGGCCUACAGGCCGUCACCAGCAUAGCGCAUAGCAUAACAGUCGGACAGAUCGAUGUUGGUGUGGGCGCCGGCAUGGAGAGCAUGACCAAGAACUACGGCAGCAAGGCUAUUCCUACAAUGCUUUGGGACGAGCUGAGAAACAGCCCACAUGAUAAUACAAAAGACUGCAUUAUGCCCAUGGGCCUUACGAGUGAGAACGUGGCAAGGAGGUACGGCGUGAACAGAGAAGACCAAGACGCCUUUGCCGCGGCAUCGCACCAGAAAGCCUCCAAGGCCCAGAAGACGGGCUUGUUCGACGCUGAAAUUGUGCCGGUCAAGGUCAAGCAAGUAGACCCGGAAAACCCAGAUGUCUCCAAGGAAGUCGUGGUGGACAAAGAUGACGGAAUCAGGCACGAUAUCAGUGCCGAGAAGAUGGCCAAGCUGAAGCCUGCGUUCGCGCAAGACGGUACAUCUACGGCCGGAAACUCGUCUCAAAUCUCAGACGGAGCCGCUGCAACGUUGCUGAUGCGCCGAUCAACCGCGAACGAGUUGGGACUCACCAAGUCCAUCAUCGGCAAGUGGGCUGGCACCCAAGUGGCAGGUUGUCGACCUGAUGAGAUGGGUAUUGGUCCGGCGAUUGCGAUCCCGAAACUUCUGGACCACACGGGCCUCAAGACCGAGGACGUGAAUAUCUGGGAGCUCAACGAAGCAUUUGCCAGCCAAGCUCUGUAUUGCAUACGCAAACUAGGACUGGAUAUCGAGAAAGUCAACCCGAGAGGUGGUGCCAUUGCCCUGGGCCAUCCUCUUGGAAUGACUGGUACCAGACAGCUUGCGACGUUGCUGCCUCAACUGAACGAAGGCGAGGUGGGUGUAGUAAGUAUGUGUAUUGGAACAGGUAUGGGUAUGGCUGGCCUCUUUGUGAGAGAAUAG